AUGUCUUCCUUGACUUCCUUUAUUUUCCGACAAGGAAAGCAGAUAGUGGCGAUCGGCAGGAACUAUGCGGAACACGCCAAGGAACUAAAUAAUAAAGUUCCAAAGGAGCCUUUCUUCUUCUUGAAGCCGACUUCGAGCUACGUCUUUAACGGCGGCAAUGUCGAGAUCCCAGACGGCAUUGUUGCCCACCAUGAGGUUGAACUCGGAGUCGUCAUUGGCAAGACUGGCAGGGACGUUUCCCAAGCAGAUGCCGAGUCUCUUAUCGCGGGCUACGCCUUGGCGGUAGAUAUGACUGCAAGGAACCUCCAAGACCAAGUCAAGAAACGCGGCCUGCCUUGGUCCGCUGCUAAAGGCUUCGAUACUUUCACUCCAAUAGGUGAAUUUAUCGCCAAGUCGGCAAUUCAAGACCCCCACAACCUCAAUCUGGCACUCAAGAUCAACGGUGUUGUGAAGCAAGAUGGAAACACAUCCGAUAUGAUAUUCCAAAUCCCGCAAUUGAUCGAACACAUCACUUCCAUCAUGACCUUGGCGCCUGGCGAUGUCAUCCUGACUGGUACGCCUUCUGGCGUUGGCCCCGUGGCGGCUGGUGAUAAGAUUGAAUGUACCAUGUCGGAUCCUGCAAGCGGCAAGAUCCUAUCCACCCUCAAUCUGCUGGCCAUCAACCGCAAGGGCGGGUACAAGUUCACACCGGAGUGA